UGAAGGGAGCAAAAGAGCUUGAGAAUCUUCAAGUGGGUGGAAGACGGACGAGUUUGAUCAAUCUCAUUCACGAGCCUCUUGUUUGGCCAAUCCCACUCAAUGGUCGUCAUGGAAACCACUUGUAAACAACAAUAACCUGGUCAGUUACUGUGGAGAGGUUGGUGCCUCAAGAAGGGAUCGAUUGCUCUUCACCAGAGAAAACUCAUACAUAUAACUUAAACUCAAGAUUGUUUUAUUCUAUGACUUUGUUGGAGUUUAGUUUGAAAUAUUUUCGAAUUUAUUUUGUACUGUGCGGUGGUUACUGACUCAGGAAGGGAUCGAUUGCUCUGUGUUAAAUACACUUUGCCAGAGAAAACUCAUACAUGAAACUUAAACCUAAGAUUGUUUUAUUCUGUGACUUGAUUGGUGUUUAGUUUGAAAUAUUUUCGAAUUUAUUUUGUACUGUGAUUGGUGACUCAAGAAGGGAUAGAUUGCUUUUUACCAAAGAAAACUUUUACAUUUAUAACUUAAAAUUAAGACUUUUUUAUUCUAUGACUUUGUUGGUGUUUAAUUUAAAAUAUUUUCGGAUUUUUUUACUGUGAAGUGAUUGGUGACACAAGAAGGGAUCGAUUGCUCUUUACCAGAGAAAACGUAUACAUAUAACUUAAAAUUAAAACUGUUUUGUUCUACUACUUCAUUGGUGUUUAGUUUGUAAUAUUUUUGAAUUUAUUUUGAACUGUGCAGUGAUUGAUUGGUGACUCAAGAAGGGAUUGAUUGCCUACACUUUGCCAGAGAAUACUUACAUAUAAAACUUAAACUUAGAAUUGUCUUAUUCUGUGACUUAGCUAUCUAUUUUGGAGUUGAGUUUGAAAAAGUUUAGGAGAAAAUUUGUUGAAAAUGUGGCCUGAUUCAGGAUUGGUUCCGAUGAAGAAUAGACAGCUGCCUCCGCGACCCAGACCAAAGAGCGCUUGCAGUGUGAGAGAGAGGGAGCAUCAGAGAAGACCCAAGAAUCGACCACGUUGUAGAUCAGCCCUUGGCUUGAGACGUUACGAAGACUCGAAAGCUUUGAGAGAAGGACCUUCCCGUAAAACACCAUCUCCAACUGACAGUAAUAAGACGUCAGUUACUCACUACAAGAGGAGUUUGCGGCUGCUAGGCUUACUGCCAAAUGAAUUUGGAUCAGAGCACUCUAGGCAACAUGUCAAACCUCAAACGCAGAGUGUGAAACCCCGAGUCCAAACUUUCUUGGAGAAAAGGACGAUUUCGCAUGUUGACGUUCGUGACGCUGUACUGCAGGAGAUUGAGGGCGACUUGAAACCAGCCAACUUGCGACUGUGUGAUGAAAUGAAGGCAAUGCAAGGACGUCACGUGAUCGCCAAGGCGGUCUACGAGGAAUGGUACUUUCGAAAAUUGGAGGCUGAUCGCAAACUCAGACAACAGGCCAUGAUGCAGAAGAAAAUCGGCCAAUGGGAGGACCAGCAUACAAAACGUGUCAAAAGCGAAGUAUGUCAGGAGAAGUUUGAUGAAUGGGUGCAAAAGAAGAGCCAGCAGCUCAAACAAGAGAGACUUAAAAAUAAUUCUAAACAAAAGCAAGCCAAUGUUAGGCCGGUGACUCCUCAGAGAUGCUCCGAAGCGUUUCUCAGUUGGAAGCAAGAAAAGGACAAAUCCAUGCAACAGAGAGCGUUGAUGGCUAAACAGAGAGCGCAGGAGCUGGAGAGACGAGAGGAGAGGAAGCAAGAGGCUGAAAAAGCAUAUCAGAUGUGGAGGAAAAAUGCUGAUGAAAAGUUGAAAGCAAAGCAGCAAGAAUUUGAGAGGAAGAAGAAGGAGCAGACUGAGAAUGAGAAACGAUUAGCAGAGGAGAAACAGAGAGAGGCGAACGCCUCGUUUCGUGCGUGGAAAGAGAAGAAGGAUAAAGUGAGGCAGAUCAAGUUGAAGGAAGCGAGGGAGAGGGAAGAAAGAGCACUAGCUUUGAGGUCUCAGAUGCGAAUGGAGCGGCUGUACGAGUCACAUCAGGCAUUUCUGGAAUGGUUAGACUCAAUCGAUGGCAGAGAGGCCAAAUAUAACAUCAGAAGGACCAAUCAAAACCCUGCAAGCAUGCCCAGAGCCAACAGUGUACAAGAAAUACGACAGAAGGAGCUCUACCAUUCAGUGCAUCGCCACUUAUUGAGAGGAGCUUCCUAAAAUACGUUCAAGAUUUGUCAUUUUGAAAUGACUGGAGAAUUAAGAAUGUAUUCAUUGUCACACCUGAUGAGAGAAGAAACGUGAAUAAGUUCACAUAAAACACUCAAUAUUAAUAAUUUUAACUGCUAAUAUUUAAUUUAAUAUGUUAUUUUAUAUUAAAAGCUUUUCGAAAAAA